AUGCCGAAGAGAGCAUUCAGAUACGUCGUGGUUGAUGCCUUCACGGAUGAGCCGUUCAAGGGCAACUCCGCGGCCGUCUGCCUCUUGGAGGACGACGCUGGCGCCGCAGGAGACCAUCUGGACGAGCUGUGGAUGCAGUCGGUGGCAGCAGAGUUCAACACCCCCAUCACCGCGUUCCUGGUCCGUUCCGGUUCCGCUGGUGCCGGUGCGGGUGCGGAUGCUGCAGGGGGUGGUGUUACGGCGUUGACUCCCCAGUUCCGUAUCCGCUGGUUCACUCCGGUUCGUGAGAGUGAACUUUGUGGGCAUGGGACGUUAGCUGCUGCACACUACCUAAUCUCAUCUGGCCAUGUUGAGUGUGACGCUAUAGAGUUUGUGGCAAAAUCUGGACGUCUAACAGCUAAGAAAGUUGUUGGAUCAAAGGAUGCAAGCAACUUAUAUUCUCCUGCACAGUAUACCUGCUCAACAAAGUUCUUUGUAGAAUUGGAUUUUCCUGUUAUCCCGGUGGUAAAAUUGAAUUCUGCAGAGGUGUUUUCACUUCCUGAUACUUUAAAUGGUGCUUCUGUCAUUAAUGAGCUGCAAGCCGUCUCUGCUUUUUCUGACCUCAUUGUGGAAGUUAGUUCAUGUGAUGAAGUUGAAAAUGUUUGUCCUAACAUUGCUGAACUAGUCCAGUACCCUGGAAGAGGUGUUGCCAUUACAGGUCCAGCUCGUGAGGGAUCUAGUUAUGAUUUUGUCACUCGUUUCUUCAGCCCAAAAUAUGGAAUAAAUGAGGACCCGGUCUGUGCUAGCGUACACUGCUCCUUGGCACCUUACUGGGGUCAGAAGCUGGGGAAACAUAACAUGACAGCUUUCAUGGCCUCUCCAAGGAGUGGAACACUAUGUCUGCAGUGGGAUGAGGAAACUCAGAGGGUCCGGAUCCGUGGAGAAGCUAUAACUGUCAUGGUUGGCACCCUUCAUGCCUAG